CGGAUGCCAUCUUCGCGCCGCGCUGUGCCGCGCGGCGUACAUGCGUGCGUACCGACGUACCACACGCACACACCGAUGGCGUAAAGUGGGGGUGAGCACGGAAAGAGAGAGAAACUAACCAGAGGAUCGAGAUCAGCCACGUUGUACGGCGCCGUGAAAUCCGAGGGAUAUUGUCGGGCGAAAGAGCAUCGAUUUAUAAAGAAUGAGUUCCAGUGCUUGUUACAAAUGUAACCGUAUGGGCCACUUUGCACGGGAGUGCCCACAAGGAGGAGGCGGUGGCAGAGGAGAUCGUGGACGAGAUAGAGAUGGUGGCUUUGGCCGUGGCCGAGAGAAAUGCUUCAAAUGCAACCAAUUUGGACAUUUCGCACGCGAGUGUAAAGAGGAUCAGGAUCUUUGCUAUCGCUGCAACGGGGUUGGACAUAUUGCGAAAGACUGUCAACAGGGACCGGAGCUGAGUUGUUACAAUUGUAACAAGACUGGUCACAUGGCGCGCAGCUGCCCGGAAGGUGGCAAUGAUUCCGGACGCUUCGCAAUGCAAAGCUGUUACAACUGCAACAAGACAGGCCACAUUGCUCGCAACUGCACCGAGGCCGGCGGGAAGACUUGCUACAUCUGCGGCAAGACUGGUCACAUAAGCCGCGAAUGCGAUCAGGACGACAGGAAGUAGGAGAUAACCGGAAUCCGUGCCGCUUAACGAUAACAAUAAGCCGUAAAUCCAAUGUGCGCGCCUCUACCGGGGAUUGUAGCUAGGUAGGGAUGCGGACGUAUGUCUCGUUGACGCGUACAAUUCGCAGAGGAUGCGUGUCGCCGUCGUCGCCGCUGCUCUUACGGCGCUGUCGUCGUUGCCGGCGGUACUCAUCAUCGCCACCGUCGUCGUCGUCGUAAUCGUUCGAAUUUCCAUCUCUCCAGCUCCCAACUCCCGGAGGUCUGCUCCCCAACCCUCCUUCCUAUUAUUCCCAAUCUCCUUCCCCCUCUCUGCCCACCGUUCUCUUCGCAAGGAUUUUUUUUCUUAACGAUGUCUUUAAUUUUUUUUAUUGCUGUUACACCAACAUGCCACACAUACAAUGACUACUACGUGUGAAUGAGCGCGUGCAGGAUUCAUCCUACGAGUAACAUCUCUUACAUUUACAUUGUACACGUACACUGUAUACACGAACACAUAUACACAUACAUACCAAUAUACACCUAUGUAAUAAUAUUAUAAACAUUCGAUUGAAUUAGAGUAGAGACAUGAGUCCUCUGUCCCCUGACUUUUCAACUGUCUCGUACGCGCAUUGUUUUCCAAUGCAAGAUGUAUGGAUCCUCGGGAAGCUUACAAGUGGUCUCGCAAGAUUUUGUGUAGUAAAAGUUCGCAUUACCUUUCCAUGCGCCUCCCUCUUUGACUUUUGCAUUUGAAUGAAUCAAGCAAAUUUUACAAAACAAACUAAUAUGAUUGGUUAUUAAAAAAAAAAGAAGGGAUAGGCGAUUAUCGACGGCGAGAAACGUCUUAAACUAUUAAUAAUGCGGUUUACGAAUGUGUCAUAAGAUACAGGCCUCAUGUUGCACCACUUUUCGCAUCCACGCAUCUUGUAUUCUCCGGUCCUCCCUCUCGAACUCUCUAGCCGACACUCACAAAUCAACAACCGAAGGAAAGAAGAAAAAGAAUUUGGAAGCGAAAGCGGGAAAUGGAAAAAGAAAGCGAGAACAUAUGCCGGCCCUGAAUGCAUAAAAAUAAGAUUCAGUAACGCUAAUUUUUAAUGUGUAAGGAUGUAAUGAGGAUCUCGCCCGAGCUGUUGCUACGUCACUUUUGUGUUCUUUUGUUUCUUUUUCACUAUUUUCUUCUACCGGACACUUAACUCCGUAUCCGUACGGACGAAAGCAAAGCAUAGUUGUAGGAUUGUCAGUGUUUACGGGUUUAUAUACAGUUAUAUUGGCUCUCACUCCUGAUCCCUCGACUUCGACGAAGUAGGGCGAAAGAGAGAAGACGCGUACUUUCUACACGGUCUUUGAAAGAAAGGAAACAUUGCGAUUAAUACCAGUAAGAUGCAAUUCGAAACGGUCAUGCUACAUCGAUAUGUAUGUAUAUAUACAUUUAAACACGGUGGUCUGUACAAGUUGUCACAUUUUGUACGUACAAUCAUAUAAUUGUUAAUAACGAGACUAUAGACUCAUAUUGUUCAUACUGUCGCCGGACUGUUGAUAGACUUGCGAUAAAGAGAGGAGCCCCACAGGAGAGAGUGUAACAACCUUACUAUAUCCUUACAUGUUGCUGAAAAUACUUCGUUACUUAGGUAUAUGUAUAUAUAUAUAUGCGCAUAUGUGUAUACAUAUAUUUAUGCAUAUGUGCAGGAGCUGUAUUUUGUACUGUAAAAAGCUAGUUUAUACUCUGGUCGUUGCUGGUGACUAAUUCCGAUGAUGCGAUUCUUCUUUGUAUUUCCAUGAAAAAAUUAUAUUUUUCAUGUAUAGAGUA